AUGUGGUCAUGGAUUGUUCUUGAGGAUGAAAUAAAGAAAAGAGAAUUUGUUAUUGAGUAUGUUGGAGAAGUUAUUGAUGACAGAACAUGUGAGAAUAGGCUAUGGACAAUGAAAAGGCUGAAUGACACUAACUUCUACCUUUGUGAGCUGCAGUUCAUUGAUCUCCAUACUGAAAAGUUUGAUUUGAAAGAAGAAGAAUGGCACUUCUUAGAGUUGCAUAUCCAGACUGGUGUUGAAGUUGAAUUACAUUGUUCUGGGAUCCAUAUUUGCCUGGAACUUUUAUUGGGCAUAAAAUUGGUUUGUUAUGGUAUCUUGGCCAAUUAUGAUUUUCUGCUGGAAAAGGCAAAUGAAGGAAACAGUAGAGCAUUGCUGAAUGCUGAGCCCUCCAACAUAGGGGCAAGGCUGAUUGUUGAGCAAUGCUUCUCUUGCUACUGCUACCUUCAACUUCAAAAAGUAGUUCUAGAGUUGAAGGUGAUACUGUCCACUCUUCUUCUAGUUCCUCUCACUGCCAUGCCUAAGGAGGUUUGA